GUUGAUAUUACAGAUCCUUGGUAUUGGCGGGUUAAUAGAUGAGCAACUCGAAACGUCGAAGAUCCGAUGUAGAAUUUUUGGAGUUAAGAAACAUUGUGUCUCCACCUACAGAUCUCGAUGCUGAUCAAAAUAUCAGAAAGUCAAAGAGACUUCGUCGUGAUUCUAUAUUUCUAUCAAACUCUGAAAAUAAAGAGCCUUCAAAACCAUCCAGAGCACCUAAAAGAAAGUCACUGAGAUGCCCAUUAAAGCAAUUGAAUUCUCAUGAUAGUACAUCCACUAAUCCUACUCAACUAACUGUUCCAAUGAAAAAUGACCUACUACCCAUGGAUAUUAGUUCUAUCAAUACUGUUUCAUUUGGUAAUCUGUCAAUUUCAUCACCAAACAAAUCAGAAAAUACUAAAUUAUCUCGUCCAAGUUCUUCACUUAUUCCUGCAUUUGUUUCAGAUUUUUAUCUCUCUAAAAGGUAUGUUCCCCCUAAGCACAGAGGGUUAGCCACAGUAAUUGAAGAUUCUGUUAAACGGAGUCAGCGACGUCCUAGAUCGUACAAAAAGACUGAACUUUCUCCGAUAAGACGACAAAUAUUUACAGGCCAAACUCUUGAAGAAGCUUGUGCCCCUACUGCUGUUGGUAUUGCUCCGCUAGACUCAGAGUUGGUGUUGUCAGUUACACGUAAGCGGGUUAUCAGGCGUCAAAAGCUUGCGAAAAAGUUAGGUUUUCGUGGCAUUAGUAUAUCCAAGCAGACUGAAGAGAACUUUGCUAAAUUUCUUUCACAAUCGAAUUUGAAUUCUUCUCACAGUAGCUCUGCAUCUGUGUGAGUAGAAAUGCAACUGUCCUUCAUAUUAAUCCCGUACUACAUAUGGAUACCUACGUCUUUCAACUAAGUAUCAAAGUUCAGACCCUCUCUGUUUUAUGUAAAUCUUUUGUUCAUAUGGCAGAUAUUUUCACCAGUGUUUGCAUGGAAUCUUCCAUACUUGGUAUGUAAAGAGCAUCGUAAGAACCUCAUAUUUCAUUCCUUUUAUCCUGCAUAUGGUAUGGUGCCGUGUAUAUUUUUUGACUAGGUAUAAGACCUGUUCAGAUUUCUUACAACUUAUGUUUAAAAAACCGAAUUUGACUUUCAACUCCCUUUAAAUUUUGUUACAACCCAAAAUGUGGGACAUUUUAUAAAAUAUCAUUUACUCUGAAUAUAAUCUUAGUUCUUUUG